AUGGACUUGUCGCGACGUUAUCGAUCGACUUAUUUUGUUUUAUUAAUACUUCCAUAUUUACUUAUUAUGUAUUCAUACUUUUUAAAAUCAUCAUCAUCAUCAUCAUCAAUCAAUAAUGCAAUGCAAAUAAAACAAUCAUCUCGUUCACUAAAAUCAAUUGAUACUGGACGAGUUUUAGUUAUUUAUGUUUGGGCUGAUACAGAUGUCCAGGCAGUUGGUAACCUUCAAUUUUUUAUUCGUUAUGGUGUUCAUCCAUCACAACCAGCUGAUUAUUAUUUUAUUUUACAAAAAGUCAAUAACAAACUAGUGAAUGAAUCGGGCUUACCUAUGCUUCCAUCCAAUGCACAUUAUAUUCAACAUGAAAAUGAAUGUUUUGAUUUUGGUACAGUUGGAUGGUUUUUAUCAAGUAAAGUUGUUGAUAUAACUUUAUAUAAAUACUUUAUUUUUAUGAAUGCAUCAAUACGUGGACCAUUUUUCGCGACUUAUUUUGAUGAUGAACGCAUAUGGUGGUUUACAAUAUUUACUAAACGUUUAAAUGAUGAAAUAAAACUUGUCGGUCCAACAAUCAAUUGUGAACAUAAACCACAUGUGCAAAGCUAUUUGUUGGCCACUGAUCAAAUCGGUUUAUCUAUUUUAACUGAUAAAAAGAGUGGAGUAUUAAAUUGUAAAAAAGAUUAUGGUGAUGCCGUUUUUAAUGGUGAAAUAGGUGCAAGUCAACUUAUUCUUCAUGCUAAUUAUCAAAUAGCAUCAUUACAAACAAAAUAUCAAGGUUGGGAUUUUCGUAAAAAGAAAAACUGGGCUUGUAAUAAUCGAGUUAGUCCGAUAUUUUUUGAUCGCUCUAUUGAUGGUAUUACACAUGAUCCGUAUGAACUUGUAUUUGUUAAGUAUAAAGGUUUACCGCCAUUUGAUUCCGAUCUUGAACGACGUGCAUUAAUCUAUGAAAAAUGGCUAGAAGGACAACAAACUGAACGAAAAUCUCGGCGUUUCAUGUAUAAUUCGACUGUUAGUUAA